GCUGAAUGGGAGUGACAGUGGUGCAUGUUUCACCUCGCUCUUCCACCUUUCUUACGGAAAAAGGUAUCAGAGGACUGACAGCUCUCUGAAGUACAGAAGCACAGGCAAGACAAACGCCCACCAACCUCCAGACAAGUCAAUAUGCCUGAGACCGCAGAGGAAUUUGCUUCAAACCUGACCACCAACCGAAACUGCACCAUUGAAAUCAGCAAUCUCAGCAGUAAAUUAUGUUUGGUCAACCCAAAGGUGUACAUGGACAGUGGCUUCAGCUUCAAUCCACCUCAGCCCACUGUGUGCACCAACCAGAUUGAGGUUUGCUCCUUCACCAAGAAAGAAGACAGUGCCUCAGGAAGCGUGGGGGUCCUGACCUAUGAGCUCUUUGACAUGCAGGCGCGCCACUGCAAUGAGCUUAUUGCUAUCAUGUUCUCGGUCCCCUUUGACUACAACAUCUACAAGAACUGGAUUGGGGUGGGGAUUUUUGAGCACACACGUGCGUGUAAUAAGGAUCUCUACAAGCAUAUGUACAACGAAGAAAACAUGACCAAUUUUGCCCGCAGUGAGGCCAAUGGUUCUGGGGUGCAAUACAAGGGGCGAGUAGCAGAACUGAGGGCCAGCAUGUCAAAUGUGGGCAGGGCCAUCAUUAAGCUGGAGGUGUUUGAUAGAUAGAUAGCUUCUAUAAAUAGGAGGAAUUAACUUGCCAUAGUAAGAAAAUUCCAGUGAAAAAUUAUCUGUAACAAUAAAAUGGCAGGGUAGUGAGAUGAGGACUUAAAAUCAAUAUAUUUGGUCAAAUAGAGGUAGAUAAUGCCUCCGAGAGUAUACUCAAGAUAAGAAUCAAGAAUCUACAUUAAUAAAAAGUGAGGUCAAAACAAUCACAUUUUAUGGCAUGUCUCAUUUGAAUUUAUGUUAAUGUACUUUCAAUAAAUAAAACUAAAAAUGAAA